GUUUGCAGCAGUGAGUAUAAAGAUAUAAUCUACCAACGGUCGUCAGCCCUAAAUUGUUUUGGACAUUGAGAUAACCUAGAUCUGAUAUCAACUCAGAAAUUUCACGCAAAGUCCACUCGAGUGCCAAAGUACCUUAACGGAUGUUUCCAAAGAUGCCACAGCUCGAGCCCAAGUUUCUCUCACGGGAGCCUUUGGAUUCCAAAGAAGCCCGAUGGAAACGCUUAGUGAAAACAAAUUACAUCGACCCUAAUGGAGUACGGCGAGACUGGGAGUCAGCUGAACGCCAGACAAGACCUAAAGAUUCCCUCGUGGAUGGAGUCAACAUAGUAGCCUUCUUGAACAAAUCAACAGGCUCGGAACUUCUCCUUGAGAAACAAUACCGACCGCCAAUUGACCAAGUCGUCGUUGAGCUUCCUGCGGGUCUGAUCGACCCAGGUGAAACAAUUGAACAGACUGCAAUUCGAGAACUCAGAGAGGAGACUGGGUAUAUCGGUGUUACUAAUAAGACCAGCGGCAUUAUGUAUAAUGAUCCCGGGUUCUGCAACUCUAAUUUCAACAUGGUUUAUGUCCAAAUUGACAUGUCCCUUCCGGAAAACCAGGAUCCUAAGCCUAGUCUUGAGGAUAAUGAGUUUAUUGAGUGUUUCACGGUUCCGGUUUCGCGGCUUGGUGCUGAGCUUGAGAACCUAGAGAAGGAAGGUUAUGCCAUUGAUGCUCGUGUGGGAUGUAUAGCUGAAGGGAUUGAGAUUGCGAAGAAGCUAAAGUUUUGACUUCUUGCUUAGGGUGGUAGCAAUGGGUUUUCUUUUC